GGAUCAGCAAAUUAGAUAAUUACUUACAAGUUGCUCUAGCCGACACUUUUGUCCAUAUUUGUGAAGCCUCUCUAUUUAUAGCUUCCGUAACCCCGGCGGCAGUCAUCAACUGUUCUCCUCUUCAGAGGGAGGACCAUCCCUGUCUAGCAGUUCAUAAGUAGAGUCUGCAUUAUCUGCUUCAGGUCCCCUUGGUUCAUUCGCAGGGUAGUUAUGGCCAAAAAACCAUGUCCCACCUCAUCCCCACUGCUGCUUCUGCUCUUGGUCAUCUUCCAUUCUUGCCUCGCCCAAGCUUCCGGCGGCAUUCCGGCUGCAGAAACAGGCCGAGAGGCACUUGAAAUAAUAAUCGGCGGUGGUGGCAGCUAUCCACCGGCUCCUGCCCCGGAGAAUGGGGAUUGCCCUCCUCCCCCUCCCCCUCCAGAGCCUGAAUGCCCACCACCGCCACCACCUCCACCUCCACCUGAAUGCCCACCACCGCCACCACCUCCACCUCCACCUCCACCUGAAUGCCCACCACCGCCACCACCUCCACCUCCACCUCCACCUCCACCUCCGCCUCCCCCGCCCCCACCCCCGCCCCCGAUGCAAACCCGGCUGCAAAUGGUGUACAGACCAAUACAGAGGUUCAGGAACCGCAUAAGCAAAGGCAGGUGCGACCCUAAGAAUGUCACUGCGACCUGGGUUGGCAAAGACGAGAAAAUCUGCAAUUACACGGGCUUUUCCUGUGCAAUGGUACCUGGCUACAAGAUGUUGGGUCUCGCCGGCGCCGACUUCAAUGGCUUCGGCUUCUGCAAUGACAAGGGACAGCUCACUAUCGACAACUUCAUUGAGGACCUACCAGAUAUCGUAUUCUUUCAUGCAAACUCCAACAACGUUACCGGUCGCAUCCCAGUCAAUAUUUCCAAGCUCAAGUAUUUCUACGAGCUCGACUUGAGCAACAACAAACUACAAGGAGCAUUCCCAAUGUCCGUUCUAGCUGCUACCCAACUCACUUUCUUAGAUCUCAGGUUCAACUCCCUGAUCGGACCAAUACCACCGCAAGUAUUCACUUUGGACCUUGAAGUUCUCUUUCUCAACAACAACUUCUUCACAGGAACAAUCCCGGAAAAUCUCGGUCGAACACCCGUAAGUUAUCUCACCCUAGCCAACAACAAGUUCACAGGCCCAAUCCCUCGGAGCAUCGGGCAAGCUUCAAAGACGUUGCUAGAGGUGCUGUUCCUGAAUAACCAGUUAUCGGGUUGCCUUCCAUAUGAGAUAGGACUCUUGAAGAAAACAACUAUUUUCGAUGCCAGUAUCAAUCAGUUGACUGGUCCAAUACCACAUUCCUUUGGCUGUCUGCAGCAGAUGUAUCAGCUAAACUUGUCGAGUAACUAUUUAUUCGGGACAGUACCUGAGACGGUGUGCUUGCUGCCGCAGCUGAAUGCACUAACACUCAACAACAAUUACUUCACACAGGUUGGGCCGGAAUGCAGGAAGUUGAUCAAGAAGAAAAAGCUCGAUGUAAGGAUGAACUGCAUUUUAGGUCUUCCAUCACAGAGAUCUCCGGAGGAAUGUAAUGCCUUCUUCUCCAAGAAGGUAAAGUGCCCGAAUGAGAGGUCAAUGCUUUAUGUACCCUGCAAGAUUAGUCAGUCUAUUGCCGAAGAUGCCUCCAAAGGGUCAUUGACACAUGAGAUUGCUCCAGCACCAUCACCUUCUUAUGCGGCACUAAAUAGACACCGAUAGCAAGUAAAAUUAUUAGAUAGGGCUAAGCGAUUGUAAUGUGGCUUCCGCCAGAAAAAUAAUGGGGCAUAACAGCUUUCUGUACUUAGUUUUUUUAUAUUGGCAUCAUGAAUUAUGACCGCAAGCAUGUAAGUUUCUCAUGAAUUCGAGUAUCAUUUGAGUAUAGUAACUUAAUGUUGUUGAA